AUGGCACAUAACUGCUAUCCCAUAUCUCACAAAGUUUAUUGGGUGUACCUUUUAAUAAUUGGUGCUAAACCAAGUCAAUUUUUCUUCUGUUCAGGGGAACGCCCUUUUCACUGCAACCAGUGUGGAGCAUCAUUUACUCAAAAGGGGAAUCUCUUGCGUCACAUUAAAUUACAUUCUGGGGAGAAACCCUUUAAGUGUCCGUUCUGUAGCUAUGCCUGCCGAAGGAGGGAUGCACUUACCGGUCACCUCAGGACACACUCAGGUAAGUUUCUGUUAAAAGGAAAUGUUGUCUUAGAAUUCUUUAUCAAAUGCUUAUUUUGGCAUUUGCUACUCCUUUGA